CGAGACUUUCAGAUAAACAACACAAAUCGAAAACAGUGGUACACCAUUUCCCGAUUUGUAAAGCGGUAGAAUUAUUGACUUUAUAUAGUGAGACACAAACAAAACAACAGAGAAACAUCUCUGCGUAGUUUACGGUUUUUUUUUUGUGUUGUUGUUGUUCCGUUCCUUUAUUCCGAUUUAUUGCGAUUAUGGUGGUGUAAAAGUUAAUAAUUAUCAGAAAAUCUAAAUAAACAUUAGACAAAAAAAACGCGUCAUUUAGAUUGUUGAAGACAAAGACUUGACAACGUUUCCACAGAAGAAAGAAAUUGAGAUUUCGGAACAGACGAAAACGAGAGACGGAAUAUAACAGUUCGGUUUUUUUUGUUGUUGGUGUUGUUUUUAACAUUUUUUCUGGAUUUUUAAGUGUAAACAAAGAGUCAUAUUAUACCUAAAAUGCACAACAUUUACAGUAAAUUUCUGACAAAGAAUUCGAAAAUGAAUGCGUCGCCACCGAAAACCGCAGAAGAAUUACUCGGAGAAUCAUGGAUUGAGCUCGGAAAUAAUUCUUCUGGUCCGAGAACACCGGAACGCGUCACACCGUUACCUUUUCAAUCAGGCGAAGAGUAUUUAAGGCUAUUACGUGAAGCUCAACGGGAAUCCAAUCAAUCCAGUCGUGUCGUAUCAUUGGCCAGUUCACGCAGAGACACUCCACACGACAGUCCGAAAUCACCGCCAAAUAGUCCAAAUACGGAAUUGUGCAAUGAGGAUGAACUGAAGGGCGUUUAUAUCAAUUACUGGAAUAAGGAUGGUGAAUUAGUCAAUCCCAAAGAAACUGGAGACUGGAUUUGGGAAUGGAGUAGUCGACCAGAUCAACUUCCGCCGAAAGGCUGGAAUUUUGAACAUCCCAGACGACCAAUUGGCUAUUCAAUGCGUUUAGCUCGAGUGGGUAAAAAUUCGCUAUUUUCUCGAGAAGUUCUCUAUUCAUUGUUGAUAACAAAUGUGUUAUCAUUGCUACUUGGAGCCGGUUUCGGAAUAUGGCUCAGCAAGCGAAAUGGAGUGCUGUUACGACUGACUCUUAACUAAGAUAGAAAACAGUGAAGCAGAAUGCAGUUUUUAGGGGUUUUUUUCUACAAAAAACAAUUUUAAGAAAAUUUGCAUCGUAUCUUUCAAAAAUAUCUUAAAUUUUUAAGCAAUUUUUACAGUAAAAACAAACAAAAAAAAAUUCUCCAAAAAAAAUAAUUGUCGUGGAAUGCGUGCCGUGCCGUAUAUGAGAUUUAUUAAUAUGAACGAUGUUUUUUAAGUGGAUGACAUUAAAGUAAAAUUAAUGCAUUUCUGUUUGAAACGUUCAAUGUCGCAUUCUUACAUUUUGUUUUGUUUAAUAUUUUUUUUUGGCAAAAAUUUUCUUCUUUUCUUAGAUUCUAGAGAGGAAAAUUUUUAUUAUUUUUAGUCUGUCGAUUUAAGAUAGAAUGGCAAAAUGUUUUGUUCGAACGAUUUUUUUAUGGGUAUAAAAUAAAUGAGUAAAAUGUGAACAAGAGAAAAAGAAAGAGAAAUUAAAGAAAGACGAGGUGAAAGUUUGCAAGGACAUUUUUGUUCCGUUUAAAAUGCGAUUGAUGAUGAUAGAGUUGGGAUGGAAAUAAUUUCCAUUGUCUAAUUUUGCACAAACAAAGUCCAUGAAAGUGUGACCUUUCGUGCAUAAAAGUUUAUUCUCUUUCGUUGUCUGUUGUUCAGACGAAUUUAGAGAUUUUUUUUUUUCAAAUAAAUGAAUAACAAUGGCAUGAUGUCACUACCUCCAAGUCUUUUCGAUUCAUUAAAUAUUCGGAAGAUUGUGAGAAAGUUUAUUCAUUUUUAUUCUACUAGAUUCUACUUCUCCAAGGGGUUUGUAAUUCUGUCAAGGAAUUCUGAUUAUAUCGUGGAGUUGUUUUAAUAAACAAUGUUUAUCUCGAGUGAUAGUUACUCGAGAAAAUUCUUUCGGGGAAGUGUCACUAUUGCAAGGAGCUGUAUUUUCUUCGAAGAACAGUGACUAUCUCGAGUAAAUUCCAUUCUAAUGAAUGAGUUUAUUUGUCUCAGGAAGUGGUUGUGCUCGACAAAUUCAAGACAAAGCAACGAUUAAAAGUUUAGUGAAUUUUACAAACUUCCCGACACUUUAACGGAUUCGUAAAAUUACCAGAAAUCGAUGAGCCCAUACUCUAUGAUCGCAUUCAUGAAUACGGAACAGAACAUCGUCCAGACAGGAUAUUAGUCUAACUAAAAUUAUUUAAACAAAAGAGAGAAAAAGUUAUUUAAAAGAAAUCUUUUUUAAACUAGAAAUUGAUUAGACGAAAUCAAUGACCUUAGCGUAAAUUUGUAUCUAAUCCUUCCGUCAACACAAAUAUGUUUUUGUAUGUAGACCAUUUUUUGUAAUCAGCUCGUAAAGAUAAAAGUAAAAUAACUGAAAUGUGAAUGAUAAAGCGAAUGGGUUUUAUUUACACGUUUUGUUUUAAUAUUAUCGGGAGUAUGUUAUUUAUUGCAAUGUAUAGAAAAAUUGUCGAUGUCCAACGACAAACAUAACUAGAUGGCUUUUUGAUUUGGAGGAUUUUCUUAUGUAAAAGAAAGUUUUUUUUUUCCAUUUUCCUCACGAACAAAUAGAAAUUAAUGACAUCACAGUUUUCACAAAGGUUUCCAUCACAGAUACCAUCAUGUAAAUAGCAGGGUGCCAGAGUGGAAUUCGAAAGAAAUCCACAUCGAAUGAUUCAAUGAAAAAUCCUGGGCGACAAUAUUUAUUCUUCGUCUGUCUUCCCUUUACAUAGUCUAUUACGUAUUACCGAUCGCAAGCUAUUUUUUGUAGGGCGACCAAAAAUUAUAAAAUGUAUAUUCGCCAAGGCCAAAGUCAACUUAAUUUGAUCCUUUGCGGUUAACUUAAUUGACUCGCACUGAGAUCCCUUGAAGAUUUCCAGAUGACGUGGCAUUUGAUGCGCGCAAUAAUUUAACUUCAUUGUUACCGAAUUUUAAGCAUCCAACAUUUCAAUAUACUCAAAACGUUCCAUCAACUUCAGCUCAAGGCAAAGUGAUAGCCAAAAUUUAUUGGGGCUCAUAAUGCCAAAUUUAUCACCACAAAUAAACUCGUUGUGGCGAUCCAAACUACACGCAAUAUUCUCUUCAUCUGAUCCACUUUGAUGGGUGACAUCAUCACUUAACAAUCGACAGUAUCGUCUUGUUGUUCUUUAUUGCGAAUAUCUGGAACAUCGGCUGGUACGCAGACUAGAAAUUGUAAGUGAACAUUUAGCAUGAAUUGAAAAUGACCUCGAGUCAUUCACAGAGUGUGCCAGCAAUAAAUGUGUUAAAUAAAUCGACAGUGCCGAUAAAUUCAAUGGGAAAUGCAGCGUUGUCGAUUGGUGUCAGCAGGUUUCUUCAAUUAUUAUAUCUUAAGAAUUCGCGGAUCUGACUUUAAGCUGACUAAGUUGAUCAAAACAGGGUACACACACAUCACGAAGUUUUGUUAGUAUUUCGUAAUGCUAAAAAUAUUGAGUAACGGAAUCCAUUGUUACUUUGCAAUCAAACAUUCUGUCUGAGAGGUACUGAGUAAAAUUUUCUCAUGGAAAUUUAGAAGUGCUUUACCAAGAGAGAGGGGAUGUAAUUGACUGGUAUGAGAGUGUAAUUCAGAAUACUUAACUGAUCUGAAAUGUCAGUAUAAAUUUCGCAAACUUCUUUUGAUUGUAACAAUCAACCAGUCCCUCUCACUAUAGCUAUUGCCGAUCUUAAUAAAACUUCUUUUACCUUACUAGGAAAGUAAUAAGGCCAUUACUGCCGUAUGGCAAAGCCUUUAUCAACCUCGUAAGGUAAAGUAGCAUACUAUAACUGGGAAGUAACUAGUUAUCUCGUAUCACGGUGAGUAAAAGUACCUCGGGCUUCCGCCCUCGGAUACAUUUACUCACCUGGAUACGACAUAACUCGUUACUUCCCAGGUAUAGUAAUCUACUAUAACCUACACUCAUAAUAUUUCAUAUAAAUAAUAAUAAUUUAUCGUUGGAAAUUAAGGACAUACCCUGGAAUCGUACGAUGGAAGCCUUCGAUAUUUUUUUUAAAUUUUAACCGAUUUUCAAAUUUUACUGGAACGAUCAUUUAGAUCGUUUUAUGAACCUCUUUUGCUCGCUUAAGACUUGUUUGGAAUAAAUUACGUGAGAUGGCGUCUGUAACGCUUAUCGAUACGUACAGUACAUAUUUUAGGGCGCAUCGAAAGGGUUUACUAACAAAAAAAAGGUAAAGAAAAAAAACUCCACUGAUACAUCCAUAAUCUUAUUAAAAUAAUUGUGAUAAAAUAGUGGACAUCUGAGACUAGAUUUUGGUAAAUUUUUUUUACUAAGAAAUGAUAAACAAUAAAAAUUAU